AUGAUAUUAAUAACCUUGACCUUUAACAAUGUCUUUAACAAACGUGGGCAACAAACUUUUUCAAUUUACUAAUCUUUUAGGUGCUGUAAUAAGCAGAAGUGCAUCAAAAAAGGCUGGAGGUAGCACAAGAAAUAAACGAACGAGAACGAAAGGAAAGAGUAGAGGUUUAAAAAAAUGGGAUGGAGAUCAAGUAGAAAAAGGGAUGAUUUUGGCCAGACAACUAGGGUUGAAAUUUUAUCCUGGACAAAACGUUGGUUGUGGUAGAGAUUUAACACUUUUUGCUCUAGAAAAAGGAGAGGUCAUGUGGAGUGUAGAGAAAUUAUCACCUCAUCCGUAUUCUCCUUUAUAUCCGGCCACACAAGCGGGAAGAAUUGUUAAAAAACUAUUUGUACAUGUUUUACCAGAACCUCAACAUCAAAAUUUUAAAUUAGUUUCGCUUGUAUAA